CUCUGAUCAUGAUCUCUUCUUGAUCGGCUUCCCCUCCCCUCUCCGUUUCUUCUUUUUGACUAGGUGUCUUUCGUUCGUUCCUUUUCCUGACUACCUCACCAUCAUGUCUUCUCCGGCGCCCUCUCUUCGCAAGAGGGCCGGCAAGAAGGAGACCACCCCCACCCCCUUCUAUUCUCCUUUGUCGUCCAAAGCCGCCGCUCCUCGGCCGGAAUGGGACUAUCGGCUGGCCAUAGUCGUCCUGACCGUCCUCGCCUUCAUCACUCGAUUCUACAAGAUCUCCUUCCCCAAUGAGGUCGUUUUCGACGAGGUGCACUUUGGAAAGUUCGCCUCCUAUUACCUCCAGCGCACCUACUUCUUCGAUGUCCACCCGCCCUUCGGCAAGCUCCUGUUCGCGCUCAUGGGCUGGCUCGUCGGCUUCGAUGGCAACUUCCUGUUCGAUAACAUCGGUGACUCGUACACCGAACACAAUGUCCCCUAUGUGGCGCUCCGGGCCAUGCCCGCCACGCUUGGCGCCCUAACGGUUCCGGUCGUGUUCUUGAUCAUGUGGGAAUCCGGAUACUCGUUGCCCGCUUGCGUUCUGUCCGCCGGCCUGGUUCUGUUUGACAACGCCCACGUGGGAGAGGACCGCCUGAUCCUGCUGGACGCCUCGCUGGUCCUGGCCAUGGCCCUGAGCAUCCUCUGCUAUGUCCGCUUCUACAAGCUCCGCCACGACGAGUUCAGCCGGAAGUGGUGGAAGUGGCUCCUCCUGACGGGUGUGUCGCUCAGCUGUGUCAUCUCCACCAAGUACGUCGGUGUGUUCACCUUCGUGACCAUCGGCUCGGCGGUCUUGGUUGAUCUGUGGAAUCUCCUGGACAUUCGGCGCCCUGGCGGCGCCCUCAGCAUGGUCCGCUGGACCCAGCACUUUGCUGCUCGCUCCUUCGCCCUGAUCAUCGUCCCCUUCUUCUUCUACCUGUUCUGGUUCCAGGUUCACUUUGCCAUCCUGACCCGCUCCGGCCCCGGUGAUGACUUCAUGACCCCUGAGUUCCAGGAAACCCUCAGUGACAAUGCCCUGGCCGCGGAUGCCAUCGGCAUCCAGUACUACGACACCAUCACGAUGAAGCACAAGGAUACCAAGGUCUUCCUGCACAGUCACCUGGAGAAGUACCCCCUGCGUUACGACGACGGCCGUAUUUCCAGCCAGGGUCAGCAGGUCACCGGAUACCCCUACAACGACACGAACAACCAGUGGCAGAUUAUCCCCAUGGUGCCCUUCGACCCGGUCGAGACCGAGGGACAGAUGGUGCGCAACGGUGAUAUCGUCCAGCUUUACCACCUGGGUACCGACACGCUCCUGCUCACCCACGACGUCGCAUCCCCCUACUUCCCGACCAACCAGGAGUUCACCACCGUUUCGCUGGAGGUUGGAAACGGGGACCGCCGCAACGACACCCUGUUCGAGAUCAAGAUUGAGAACGGCAAGCCCAACCAGGAGUUCCGGACUCUCUCGAGUCACUUCAAGCUGAUCCACUUCCCCACCCGGGUCGCCAUGUGGACGCACACAACGCCGUUGCCCGAUUGGGCCUUCAAGCAGGCCGAGAUCAACGGCAACAAGAACAUGAUGCAGACCAGCAACCUCUGGUUCGCGGAGACCAUCGAGUCCCUGCCCGAAGACAGCCCCCGCCGGAUCAAGGAGGAGCGCCAGGUGAAGCACCUGUCCUUCUUCCGCAAGUACUUCGAGCUGCAGCGGGCCAUGUUCUUCCACAACAACGCCCUGACCAGCAGCCACCCGUACGCGAGUGAGCCCUUCCAGUGGCCGUUCCUGCUCCGUGGUGUCAGCUUCUGGACCAAGAACGACACCCGCGAGCAGAUCUACUUCCUGGGUAACCCGGUCGGAUGGUGGAUCGCCAGCAGUCUGUUGGCGGUCUUUGCGGGCGUGAUUGGUGCCGAUCAGCUGUCCCUGCGUCGCGGCGUCGAUGCCGUGGAAGAGAUCUGGGGCCUGGGUGCCCGUUCCCGCCUGUACAACAGCACCGGCUUCCUCUUCCUGUGCUGGGCCGCGCACUACUUCCCCUUCUGGCUCAUGGGCCGUCAGCGUUUCCUGCACCACUACCUUCCCGCGCACCUGGCGUCGGCCCUCGUGACGGGCGCCCUGAUCGAGUUCAUCUUCAACCUGGAGCCGAUCCCGAUCGCCAAGGCGGUCCGGGCCGAGGAUGACCCGUCGGGCAAGUUCAAGGGCCAGAUCGGCCGCUUUGUCUCGGCCAAGGAGCGCAUGGGCCGCAAGUCCCUCGUGGCGGGCUGGAUUGCCACCCUGGUCAUCCUGGGCGGCACGAUCUACGGCUUCGUCUUCUUCGCCCCGCUGACGUACGGCACUCCGGGUCUGGACGUGCCAGGCAUCCUGUCGCGCAAGUGGCUGGGCUACGAUCUGCACUUUGCCAAAUAGAUGGCCUAGUCAGAGUGGAUGGCCCUGCAGCGGGCAGGGCGGAGACCCGGGAUGUGACUUGGGGCAUGCCUGGAGUUGGCGUUUUGUAAAGAUAGACGGGGUAUAGGGGAGUUACCUCUGGAUGGUGGCUCGACGUGCUUGGAACGCACGUUGGGUGUGUUCUGGGAACCGCCCAUGGCGCCUGUCUGGGCCAUGUCGAGUCGUCUCGCAGUCGUUGAUGUUGAUAUAGCGUGGUCCAUGUUUACUGUUCAUCUGUCUCCUUUCCCCUUUCACGCACCGUGUACUGCCGCUACAGAUUACUGUUGUAUAGUUCACUCAUAAUACUAUUUCUGUUACC